GCGAGUCGAGAGGUGAUACCGUCUCUUCCUCUUGUCGUUCGAUAUCCUGCGACAGUAUGUAUCGUUUUAAGCACCGAGUCGCGUCUCGUGGGUCGUCGGUCCCAAUGUUUCUCGUAAUUCGCGUCCCGGACCCUGUGACCAGGAUUCUUGACCGAUCCAUCGCCUCCUGCGCCGAGAAAUGAACUCAUCGAACCAAAGGAAUAUUUUCUUCAUUCAAAGAAUAAUUAUUUGAUUCGAUGGAAUAUUUUUUCUCAGGGUAAGGGGGAACUCCCGGAAUUAUCGGUCCUCUUCCUUCCUCUCCUAACGAUUACGGCCGAAUUUUCUCACGCGUCAGAAAAUCAAUUAGAAACGUGGAACGAUCGAUGUCGAUUUUUCUCUAGGUAGCCGAUUUACGGUCUACCUUCAUUUGAGGGAGUCCGGCGCGUUCGGCACCGUAAUGCACUCCCGGGCGUCCUUCACCGUCUAGGAGGUGGGAGCCAUUUAUCCUUUAUACGUCCAGAGAGAUGCCGGACUCUCAGUCCUCGACUUUCACUGGCCGAGCCGACUGUCCGACCUGCACGUGUAGCGUCGAAAGAUCGCCGAUCCAUCCGAUCCAUCCGAUCCAUCCGAGUACCUUCGAUCGCGAUGCCUUCACGCCAGAAUAAAUCCAGAUCCCGUAACUCGCUAUUUACCGGUCGCGUUUGUCCCCGAGACUAGUUUUCGAUUACUUUUAGAAAUCGGUGCACCGAAUUGCGCCUAACUUUCCCGAAGUGCGUUCCCGAACUCGACGACCAUUUUUCGAGAGAAGAAAUUAUUGCUUCGGGAAGACUUCGAGAAAAAAAAUUAACGCGGGUCACGUGACCGAGCAAGGUUCGUCGAUUUGGAUAUUUUUCAAGAUUCCCCCAAAGGGAGGAAAGAACGAACAUCGAGCGACAUGAUUUCGACGAGACCAAAAUCUGUCGAAGAAACGACCACUUCCCAUUUUUCUGGGGACAUCGAUCGUACCGAUCGACUGCACUUCGGCUCGUAAUCGGCCUGCUUCUCCCCACGAAAGCGUGAAAAUUAAAAAAUUAAGAAACAGAAAUCAAGACGCAUCGGCAGAGGGAUGGUCCACUUUUGACGAUAAAAACGGAAAAUGCUUCCGAGCGAGUGGAAAUUUAGGGAGGGUCCCGAUGCCCUCGGGUGACGAAUCCGGAGGCUGGAGGAUAUCGGAAAAUCGUUUAACGUCCAAAUUCCUAAAAUAAGAGAGGGCGAAGGAGAAUGACGGGGGUAGUGGCGGUGGUGGGCGGCGCCAUAAAGGCGGCCACUCUGCUUCUGGGUCUAGGGAAGAUCACGUUCGUCCCGACGCUGAUCGCGGCCUUGGCUUAUUACAAUUACGAUCUAAUGGACCCCGAGAACCACCCCCGGGUGACGAAGGAAUUGCGCAAGGAGUACGACUUCGUCGUCGUGGGGGGUGGAACGGCGGGGAGCAUCGCGGUGAACAGGUUGACCGAAAACCCGAGAUGGUCGGUCCUGCUUCUGGAGGCCGGAGGCCACGAGACCGAAAUUACCGACGUGCCCAUACUCUCUCUUUACCUGCACAAGAGCAAACUGGACUGGAAAUACAGGUCGCAGCCGCAGGAUUCCGCGUGUCAAGCAAUGGUCGAUCGCAGGUGCUGCUGGACCAGAGGAAAGGUUCUCGGCGGAUCGAGCGUUUUGAACACGAUGCUCUAUAUCAGAGGUAAUCGAAGGGACUUCGAUUUAUGGGAAAGUCUUGGGAACCCUGGCUGGGGAUUCGAGGACGUUCUCCCGUAUUUUAAGAAAUCCGAGGACCAAAGGAAUCCAUAUUUGGCUGCCAACGCUAAAUAUCACGGUACAGGUGGAUACAUGACGGUCCAAGACGCACCGUACAACACCCCCCUGGGGGUGGCGUUCCUACAAGCCGGGGAGGAGAUGGGCUACGACAUCGUGGACGUGAACGGCGCCCAGCAAACGGGGUUCGCCUUCUACCAGUACACCAUGAGAAGGGGGACCAGGUGCAGCGCGGCGAAGGCCUUCGUCAGGCCGGUGCAGCUGCGAAGGAACCUGCACCUCUCCCUCUGGUCGCACGCGACGAGGGUGCUGAUCGACCCGAAGACGAAGAGGGCCUACGGGGUGGAGUUCGUCCGAGAGGGUCGCAAGGAGAGAGUCCUGGCGAGGAAGGAGGUGAUCCUGACGGCGGGGGCCAUCAACACCCCGCAGCUGCUGAUGCUGUCCGGGGUGGGACCGCGGGAGCACCUCGAAGAGGUGGGCGUGGAAGUCGUCUACGACUCUCCGGGGGUGGGCCAGAACCUGCAGGACCACAUCGCCGUCGGGGGCCUGGCCUUCCUGAUAGACUACGAGAUCAGCAUCGUGAUGAACCGGCUGGUGAACAUGAACUCGGCCCUGAGGUACGCCAUCACCGAGGACGGACCUCUGACGUCCAGCGUCGGCCUGGAGGCCGUGGCCUUCAUUUCCACCAAGUACGCCAACAGGACGGACGACUGGCCGGACAUCGAGUUCAUGUUGACCUCCUCGUCCACCAACUCCGACGGGGGGACCCACGUGAAGAACGCCCACGGGCUGACCGACGAAUUCUACAACGAGGUCUUCGGGAAGAUCAACAACAGAGACGUCUUCGGGGUGUUCCCGAUGAUGCUGCGGCCCAAGUCCCGGGGCUACGUUCGACUCCAGUCCAAGAAUCCGCUGGAGCAUCCGGUGAUGGUGCACAAUUAUCUGACCCAUCCCGACGACGUGGACGUCCUGAGGGAGGGCGUCAAGGCCGCCAUCGCGUUCGGGGAGACCUCCACCAUGAGGAGGUUCGGCGCCAGGUUCCACGACAAGCCGCUCCCUAAUUGCAAGCACAUUCCCAGGUACACCGACGAGUACUGGAAUUGCGCCAUUAGGCAGUACACCAUGACCAUUUAUCACAUGAGCUGCACCGCGAAGAUGGGACCCUCGACCGAUCCCAUGGCGGUGGUGGAUCCUUCGUUGAAGGUCUACGGAGUUUCGGGGCUCAGGGUGAUGGAUGCCUCCGUCAUGCCCAGGAUUACCAGCGGAAAUAUCAACGCCCCCGUUAUGAUGAUCGCCGAGAAGGGGUCGGAUAUUAUUAAGAAGGACUGGGGAUUUAAGAUCGCGCCUUUGACGUAACGCGUCAUCGAGUAACGACAACAACAACAACGACAACGACUACGAUGACGAUAAUAUAAUAGCUAGGGGGUUGAAUACCUUCGUCAUGAUCGGUGUCAUCGGCGGGGAUAAUGAUCCUGCUGUGAAUUCUGACAAAGGAUCGAAUGUUAUUGAUAAUUACGAUUGGUUAUCGGUCGAUGAUCGAUCCCUGUUGAUAUACGAUUACCCAAGGAAAUUGUUCUAUAAAGGUUGAACGGAACAACAUUUCGAUGUGGUUAAUUAAUAUUAACUUUAGCGUAAUUUAAAAUUAUUUUAAGAUGUUGCGGUAUUGCGGUGUCUCACCUAUACUGGCAACAGGUGCCAUAAUCGGGAUGUACAAAACUAAUUUCCACCACCCGAUAAUUACUCGCAAAAAGCCCCAACUUGUAAAGAAAUAACAUAAAACGAGGCUAUGCGGCGGAUGAAUAAUUUAAAAGAUAUUAUUUUUAACGAUCAUUUCGUGUCAGGAAAUUUUCAUGUAUCCUGAGAAGAGUACUCGAGUAAAUAUUUUUUUACGCGGGGAUAAAAUAAGUUAUUCGAGGGUAAUAAUUAUUUGUAAGGCUCACUCGUAAUUAAAUUUUUAGAGAAAUAAUUUAUACGAGCUUCGGGGAAAAAUGGGCCAAACUAGUUCGAGUAGUUCAGGGAGUAAUGUUGUAAUCGGCUCUAAAAUGUGUAGCGAUAAUGUGAAUGGCAAACAUUCCAGGCAAAUGGUACAAAUCCGGAGCCACGUUCCAGGAUUCGCGAGAUUUUUUGUUGUAAAACCAAAUGCGGUAGAGUAUUUCAUCUAGCGAUAUUAUUUUAUUUAGAGAUAUCGAUUCCGAUAGUAUUUAUUAGUUCCUACUAUGUAGAAAGGCAGUUUGUAAAUAGGAUGGAUUAUUGUAAUCGCGUUAAUAAACAGCUGAUGUAUCGUUCAAAUCGGCUGACCAGGGAGCUGCUUAAGUAUUUUCAAUUUUAUAUCGCGCAAUAGAAUUUGGCAUCGAAAUUAUACAUUCGCAAUUUUAAGCGCACCGCGAAGUGCAGAAUUAAGUUAAGCGAAAUGAAAAAAUGCGAUAGAGGCCGGCGGAGACUUCUUAGUAAGAAUAAAAAAGGGCAAUGUAAUGUAACAUAAAUUGGAGCAACGAAGCUCCACGAAGCUUAUUACGGGUUCACGCCGUUGCCGCUUUUCAAAAUGUGAAUAAAACUA